AUGGAGGAGUUGCAGACACCCUUCAAGCCGCAGUUCUGGACUAGGCAAGCGAGGGAAGCGAAGGAACCUCACCCCGCAAUGCUGGAACUUCCAGUGCCAAGUGAGAAGCCCGAAGAGCUCUUUGCUGAAGAUCCAUUGCCAGAUGUUGCGACGACCUUUGAUCCCAUGCCUCAGGAGUCGCUGGCAAUGAUGUCUCUGAUGAGUCAAAGGAGCAAACAGGACCCACGCUCCUCCUUCUAUGCCUUCACUUUGCCACCAGGACUUCCCCGUGGUGAAUCCGCAGCACCCAAUCGUAUACUACACGAAAACUCACAGCUCGGCUUACAGCAGUUCAUGCACGCGGUGCAACAAACGAAGGGACGCCAGCUGAGUAAAGAGGUGAAGAAGAGGCGGAACGAGUCAUUUCCGUCCACGGACGAGCAAAGCGGAGCCUCGUGGAUUUCCCGCUUCUGGGGCAAAUUUCAAACCUUCACAGAAAGGGUGUAG